UAAAAAAAAAAAAAAAAAAACCAUCAAAACUCUGUCCUCUAAUUAUCAGCCAAUCUAACCAAUUGACAAUGAUGAUAAUAUUUUAAGUGGAGUUGGGCAUCAUUUUUCAUAAUUUCACUCCCCAUUUUCCCCAAUAAAAUAAUACUAUGCUAUUCAUUUUAAUUGAUUUGGUCCCCUCUACCCCAAGCCCUACAAAUAAAAAACUUAAUAUUUUACUAACUGUUAUUUGAAACAUCAGCUCUGUUAUUUUAAUACCUUUGCUUCUUUUUUUUUUUUUUUUUGUUUGAGACUUUUUAUCAAACAAGUGGCAAGCAUAGGAUUGCCAACUGAGAAAUCGAGAAAUUCUUUUGCUCUUUAGCUUCUUUGAUCUUUAACUUCUCCUGGGUAUUUCUGAUAUUGAUGAGAAAUUGAAAAAAGACGGAAAAAAAAAGGAAGAGGUAAAUGGAGGGAGCAGAGUUGGAGUUAGAGAGGAGAAGCAAGUUCUUGAACAGUUUGAUUCAAAAGAAGAAAGCUGUAGAGCAACAAGAGCAAAAUGAAAGUUUCAAUGUUAAAGUCAGAGCUUCUGAUAUGCCUUUACUUCUUCAAAACAAGGCUUUUAGAUGUGCCCGAGAACUGCUUGACUCUAUGCCUGGAAAGCUUGAUAGUAAACGCCUAGCUCUUGCUCUUAAAAAGGAAUUUGACUCAAAAUAUGGUCCUGCUUGGCACUGCAUUGUGGGAACUAGCUUUGGCUCAUAUGUCACACAUUCACUAGGGGGUUUCUUGUAUUUUUCAAUCGACAAGGUUUACAUCCUUCUCUUCAAGACUGCUGUUGAGCCUUUAAACCAUUGAUGGUUUCAACAGAUUUGUGUUCUACAGGCUUCCUGCGUUGUUUCCUUAUGAAAAUGAACUUAUUGAUACCUUGAAGAAAGGUUGAUUUUGGAAAAGCUUAUGAUGGUGUUGAUCGGAACUUUUUGGAUUUGAUUCUUUCAAAAAUGGGCUUCGGGGCAAAGUGGCGACCAUGGAUGCGUCAGUGUAUUUCAACGGUCUAGUUGUCAAAUUUGGUAAAUGGCUCACCUACUGCUCAGUUUCAUACGCGGAGAGGCUUAUAAAGGAUGCCCACUUUGUCCGUUUCUGAAGGUUUUAGUUUGUUAUGUCAAAGAGCUUGCUCUUUGGCGCUGUUUGAAGGUUGGCAGGUUGGUAAUGGCAGACUAGAUGUUUCUCAUUUACAGUAUGCAGACGAUAACAUAAUUUUCUGUAAUGCGUAUUUGGAGCAAUUGAUGAAUGUGAACAGGUUGUUCGAAA